AUUAAAUCUAUAAAUACUUUAAUAUAAAUUUGGAGAAAGAUGCUAUCUAAAAAUAAAUCGAUUAUUUUAGUAUUUUUGGUUGUAUUAUUAAAGAUUCAGACUGAAACUUACUGCGAAGUAAAUUUAAUUAAAAACAUGGUAUUAUGUGACAAGUUCUAUAACACCUGCGCACCUUUGGUGACUUGUGAUUGUAAUUCUAAAUAUAGAUCCAUUGAUGGUUCGUGUAAUAACUUACAACACCCAUUAUGGGGUGCAGCUAUUACUCCCUAUAUUAGACUGGGUCCUGCUUAUUACGCGGAUGGUAACUAUUCGAUUCGAUUACAAUUUAGAGAUGGUAAGGAACUGCCUGGAGCUCGUCGAUUGCAGUUAGCAUUGUUCAAGCCAAGAACCCCUGAAUUUGAUAUUCCAGACCAUAGAAAUUAUCAUAUAAAUCAAAUCGGCCAGUACGUUACACAUGACAUUACUUUAAUGUCAGCCAAUUUUUCGGCACUCCCUGCGGAUUGUUGUACAGUUCAGAAUCAGGACAAUAUUCCGCUUUUUUGCCAAGCGGUGAUUCAGAUAGACAAACAAGACACGUCGUAUUCUAAAAUCAACAAGACAUGUCUUCCAUUUAAGCGAGCGAUGACUGCUGCUUUUGAUUUUAACUGUCCAAUAACUCCUCAAAUACCCGUAAAUCAACAAACCGCAUUUGUAGACGCAUCUCAAUUGUAUGGACCGACCGCAGCCAAAGCAGCAUCUCUUCGAUCUAAUAAAUUUGGAAAAUUAAAAACUCAGGAGAUUGAUGGACAAGAAUUUGGCGUUCAAGUAGCAAGAAAUGGAUCAAAAUUUUGUAGUGGUCGAAAUAAUGUGACUUAUUGUUUCGAUCGAGGCGAUCCUAGAAAUAAUCAACACUUUGGUCUUAUAUUAUACGAAGAGACGUUUCUUAGGUUUCAUAAUUUAGUAGCAGAUUUGUUACAUAAAUUAAAUCCAGAUUGGUCAGAUGAAAUUUUGUACCAAGAAUCUCGAAGGUUCAUAAUAGCACUUGAAGAGAUUAUAGUUUAUCGUGAUUACUUGCCAAUCUUACUUGGUAAAGAGUAUUGCGAGAGUGUUGGAUUGUCUCUUUCUAAAGAUAUAAAGACUAUGUAUGAUCCAUCAAUUAUGCCUCAAUUGGCUGUUGAAUUUUCAGGAGGUUCUUUUCGAGUUACACACAAUGUUGUACCUAUGAUAUAUUUUUUUUUAGAUGAUAACAAUAAUAUCGUAGAGCAAUUCAAACUUAAUGAAUACAUGGGAAUUCCUGAUCCAUUAGUUGGUAAAUCUAAGCUUGAAGAGUUGUUAAGAGGUAUGUCACAAUUGCCUGGUCGUUGUCCAAUAGCAUCGUAUAACUUAUUGAUCACAAAUCGUAUGUUUCAUAAUUGGAUAAAUGCUGUUGCUGACCAAGACUUAGGUAGUAUAGACAUUCAAAGAGGCCGAGAUAUUGGUUUACCACCAUACAUCGUAGUCAGAGAAAUUUGCGGUUUUCCACAUAUUUCAUCAUUUAGUGAUUUAGUUGGCGUAUUAAAUAAUACUGAUAUUCAGCUAUUGCAAGAUUCUUAUGAAAGUGUCGAAGAUAUAGAUUUGGUAGUAGGAUCUUUGCUUGAACCACUUGUUGAUGGUGGAAUGGUUGGUGAAACAGCAAGGUGCAUAAUCGCUGAUGGAUUUUAUCGUACUCGAUAUGGCGAUCGUUACUUUUGCGAUGUACAAAAUCAACCAGGAAGUUUUUCUCCAGAACAAUUUGAUGUUUUAUGGAGUCUUGAUCUUACUAAAUUAUUGUGUGCAACGACAAAGAUUGAUAAAUUACCAUCUAAUAUUUUCAUACCAAAAGGGCUUUCGGGAAUGUACAACUGUGAAUCAUUUAAUCUGGACCUCAAAGCAUGGAAAGUUAAUAAAAUAUGUUAACUUAAUAAACUAUAAUUAUUUAAAAAAAACAGUACUAGUUUAUGUCCUACAUACUAAUUACGAGCCAAUUAGGUGAUUAAUGUCAUACACCAAUACGGACCCUUACUUCACAUUCUGUUGAUAUCUGGUUUUUAAUGUUAUUUAUUAUUUUUACUAUUUUUUUCUUUAAGCUGUUGCUGUUAUUGUACACUGUUUUUUAAGGAAAAACAUUAUGUGGUUACUAUAAAAACGUAAGAGAGUUAUGCACUAAAAUAAAUAUUUUAAGGUGUAAUAUUUCGUUAUUUGAUUUUGAUUAUUUUAUAUUUACAGAAACCUGGUUGAGUGUAGAUAUAUUAGAUGUCGAACUCGACUUUGAUUCUUAUAAUGUAUUCGUACUGACUGAAGUGAUAAGACAAGCAAAUUGUAAGAGAGGUGGUGGAGUAGCUAUUUUGGUAGAUAAACAUUUUGAUACAGCCGUUAUUAAUUUACCAACUGAUAAUGUAGAACCAAUAUUCGUACUACUAAAGUGGGGUAAUCACUUGCUAUAUUCCACCUAUGAGUCCAGUCAGCUGUUAUUCUGCUAAUACUGAAACCGUAGAGUGGUUAUUAAAUAAAUUCUCUCUAUAAAUGAACUUCACAAUUAUUUAUGGUAAUUAUAAUCUACUUCACGUUAGUUUUACGAGAACUAUAUAGGUUUGGUAUGUAAUGGCCGUAAUUUCAUAUUUUCACAAAUAAUUAAUGACAGUUUUUCAUUUCUAAACUUAUAUCAAUUGAAUAAUAUUUUAAACAACAGUGGGACUCAACUCCACUUAAUUUUUUUAAAUAAUCCACUUAUUAAUAUUCUACCGUUCGGUAAUAGUAUUGUACCGCUAAAUAUAUAUCACCCGGUUCUGACAACAAAGUACACGAUACUUGAUUGUGUAAAUCAUACUUGUUCGAACACUUUGUAAUUGGACUACAGAAAAGCUUACUAUUAUGACAUGAAUAUCAUUUUUAUUAAUUACGAUUGGUCUAAUGUUUAUAAAGAAAAUAAUAUAAAUAUUGCUUUAAAUAACUUCUAUAAAAUAGUACUAGAUAAAAUUAAAAAACGGUUCUAAAAUUUUUUUAUGUAAUCAUAAGUUUCCCAGAUGGUUCUCUAAAGAAUUAUACUCCCUAAUAAAAACAAAAAAAAAAAACAAAUUCAUAAAUUAUUUAAAUCAUCUGGUCUCAACAUACAUUACA